AUGGCAAUGAGCGCAGAUCAUUGUAUCCCCAAAUGGGAAAGGUCCUUCACCUCCCACAUAGCGCUUUUCACAGUAGAGGUAACAGGAGCGACCCUGAGGUACCUAAAUCGGAAGAGGGUAUAUAUUGAAAAUCAGGAGAGCCUCACCUUUGUUCAGACCGAUAAACCCAUCUACAAGCCAGGACAGAAAGUUCUGUUUCGUGUUGUCUCUCUGACCAAGGAAUUCAUUCCCGUCAACGAGAAGGUCCCCUUGAUCUACAUUGAGGACCCCAAGAGAAACCGGCUUUUCCAGUGGAAAGAUGUGGAGCUGAAGGGGGGCCUUGCCCAGCUUGAAUUUCCCCUGUCUUCCGAGCCCGCCUUAGGUACCUACAAAGUGGUGGUUCAGAAGGAUUCUGGAAGAAACGUUGAACAUACCUGCUCGGUGGAGGAAUAUGUGUUGCCCAAGUUUGAAGUUGUUGUAAAGUCUCCCUCAGUCAUAACCAUUCUGGACGACAAAAUUGAAAUAGCCGUCUGCGGGAAGUACAUCUUUGGAAAGCCAGUUCCUGGGCUCGUGAACAUGACAGUUUGCCGGAGAUUUUCCUAUUUCGGAAGCACGUGUUACGGUGAAGAGUCAAAAGCCAUCUGUGAGGAAUUCAGUGGGCAGGCUGAUAUUCACGGCUGCUUCUCACACGAGGUGGAUCUGAAAAUAUUCCAGCUGAAGAGAAAUGGAUUUCAGAUGGAGAUUCGUACGGAGAGCACAAUCACAGAGCAGGGGACAGAUGUUGUGUUGACAGGCUUAGGCACCACACAGAUCACUUCGACACUUAGCGUCGUUUCCUUAGAAAACGUGGACGCUUACUACAAACCUGGACUUCCUGUCUCUGGGGAGAUCAAGCUUGUGGACGGCGGACAAAAGCCGAUAGCCAACCAGGUCGUUGAGCUUCAAAUAGCAGGAGUGAAGAACAGUUCCUUCUACAACACUGAUAAACAGGGACGAGCCCACUUUUCCAUAGACACUUCCGGCGUCACAGACGAGGCCCUUCAGCUCACCGCAACCUAUAAAAAAUUAGAUUUCUGUUACGAUUCGAACUGGGUCUCCCCUAAUCACCAAACUGGCUUUGCCUCACCAUCACGUUUCUACUCUCCAAGUCAAAGCUACCUCAAAAUUGAAACGCGCCUUGGCUCACUAUCUUGCGGGGAGCAUGCCGUCAUCCCAGUCCAUUACAUUCUCAAGCCAGAGCUCCUAAAGGACAAAGAAGUUGUCUUUCACUACUUGGUGGUGGCCAGAGGGGAUAUCGUGAACACAGGAACUCACCCCUUGAAAGGAAAGGAGCAUAAAGGAACAUUCAGCCUAGACCUUCCGCUGGAUAUGAAGAGCGCUCCUAUAGCCCGCGUGCUUCUGUACACAGUUUUGGAUAAUGGCGAGCUUGUGGCGGACUCUGCCGAUUUCCCCGUUGAGCCCUGUUUCGCAAAUAAG